AUGGAGGCUGCACAGACGGACGAAAAGCGCCUGGAAGUGGAGGAGCUGGCAGACAAGAUCUCGGGACUCGAUAGAGAGUCAAAGUCUCUGCUCUUUCUGCUCUCACUCUCCGCAUUCAACGAGUGGCAGGAUCGCUAUUUGGACAUGUACAGACGGCUGCUGGAGCUGAGGGAAAAGAGACGCAUUCCCAUUAGCGAGUACGAGGCCAAUCUCUACACUCUGCUCCUAGACGUUCAGAAGCAACGCACGAGGCUACAGAACACCGAUAGACUUGUGCUGAACCAAACUUCGUACCUCAAGACAUUGUGGAGAGCGUAUCGAGUGGAGACUUUUAUAAAGGCGAUUCUGAUCAUAUUCCUAUUGAAGCUGCCGUACUUUUGCUACUUUUUAGCGGUGGCGUUUUAUAUCUUGUACUGUUUUGGAGUAGUGGCUUAUGUUUUACGCAUCGCCAAAGCCGUACGGGAUCACAAGUCUACGCAAAAGAUUUAUCGCAGAUUACAGUAUAUCAUAAGCUUUAUUGAGCCUCUUUUACUCGUUCAACAGGAGAGUGAACAAGUGCCAGAGGGAACGGAGGAAAACCAAGAGCAAGAGACUGGUCCAGAACCAACGUCUAGUAGCAUAAAUGUUGAUGAAGCCGACACACAACCAGAGGCGGCGCAUAAAAGGAGAUGGGCUGCCGUUGCAGAGCAAAUGGAACGGGAAGAAAGUACCGAGGACCAAGAGUCUUCAGCUCCUCCUCCAGUGAUUGAAAAGACUGUAAUAUAUACUACAGAGCCCACUGUAGCACCAGAACCAUCAGACGAAAUAGAAUCGGAUGAGAAUGCACCAGAACAAGAUUCUAGCGCAUUGCCCAAGGAGGAGCAAACGGCACAGAAACAAAAACCAUCAGAGACGGAAAAGAUAAUGUACCAAUUAUUUGGUGCAUUUGUAUUGAGUCUGCUUCCGUGGUGGGAGCCUAACCCGAAUUAUCUUUGA